AUGUAUGAAAUACUAUUCCUUACAAAAUAUAUAAUGCAAAAUUUCAUAUUACGUAUUUGUUUUGAUACGACACGUGUAGUUUAAUUCGUAAAUUCAAACAUGACGCCAAGAUUUGUAGAAUCAAUGAUGCCAUGAUUGUGAUCACGUGAUCUGGGUUUCCCCCUAACCCCAUGACCCAAGUUCCCGCGCACGAUUCCCAUUUGAAUUUGGUGGCGUGUUUGUGAAGGCUCCGUUUUGGUCUGGAUGAUGAUUUGGAUGGGGAAGAUAAUUACAACACAGAUGAUAAACUUUCACCUCUACAAAAAUUGGAGAAAUACAUGCAAAGUGACAAUGUCUACACAAGACAAAUGGUUGCACGUGGUAUGUUGGAUACAAUUAGAGCAGUGGAAGAUGAGGAAGAAGAUUGCACACCCGUUUUAGAAGCCAUGGUGAAAUUAUCGGAAGAUUCAGAUCCCAUUGUAAGGUCUGAGUUAAUGGAACAGAUACCACAUUUAGCGAUGUACUGUCAGGAAAAUAAGGAUUUGUUUCCAAACUCUGUAUCUUUGUACAUUUUACCAAUGGUGGUGCGAUACUUGAAUGACAGAAACAAUCAAGUCAGAAAAACUAGUCAAGCAGCUUUACUUGUACUUCUUGAACAAGAAUUAAUAAGUAAAGCUGACAUAGAAGAACAAGUAGUGAGUGUGAUAUUAGAUCUAGCCAGUCCAGACAGUAUGGAUGAUUACAGAACAGAAGCUGUAGCUUUAAUGAGUAAAAUGUCCCAGUUGUUAGGAAGAGACAUGACAGAAAGAUUAUUCUUAUCCAGAUUCUGUGAGAUGUGUACAGACCCUUUAUUUCAUGUUAGAAAGGUGUGUGCUGCUAACUUUGGAGACUUCUGUACUGUAGUAGGACAGGACAAUACAGAAAGAGAAUUGUUGCCAAAAUUUUAUUACUUGUGUGAAGAUGGAGUUUGGGGAGUGAGGAAAGCAUGUGCAGAAUGUUUUAUGGCUGUUUCCUGUUCGUGUUCACUUGACGUUCGACGGGGAGAGUUGUCUAACUUGUUUGUUAAUCUUUUAUGUGAUUUAUCAAGAUGGGUGAGAAUGGCAGCAUUUCAACAGCUAGGGCCAUUCAUUUCAACCUUUGCUGAUUCUGAACUCACUGGACUAUUUGUAAAUGAAGAAGGUGUCCUGAUAGUUAAGAAUCCAGAAAGUUUAGAAAUUUUAAGAGAUUUAGAAGAAAGAAUACGAGAAAAAGAAGAAUUUGUUGAAGAUGUAAGAAUGUUUGAAAGAGAAAAACAAAGAGCUCAAGAAGGCUUUUGUGAUUCAAAUGAUAAUUUAGAAACAAUGGACAUAUCAGACAGUAACAAUCCUAAUGAUGUUCUUGUUUCUUCGGAUGACAGUCUGUCAGCUGAAGAAAAAAGAGCUCAUAACUACGAAACUUCUAGUAACAAAAAUACAAAUAAAACAGAACAAAGUUCAGAUUCUAACAGUUCCAUAGCUCAAUGUGAUAAUACAACAGACCAAGAAAAUACCUGUGAUAUAAAAGAGCCUGUCUUAGACUCUGAGCCAGUAUGUGCCAGUAGUAGUGAUCUAUCAAAUAACAAUAUAGAAAGAACUAGUGUAGAUAGUGAUAGUCAAUUAACAUGUGAUAAACCAGAGGUGCAAGAUAGCCCCCCACAAGAGGAAGAUUUUAACUCGUUUAAUUAUUGGAGGGCACCUUUGCCUGAAGUAGACUUGACACUUUCUGAAGAACACAAACCUGACAAUCAACUGAGUAUGUAUGCUAGGGGAUACGAUACUAUCACAUUAGAGGAUAUAGCCUUGAAUGAUGUGGAAAAGAAUAAUGUCAAAAAUUUAAAUUCUGACAAUGAAGUGCUUGAUGAAGGCCAGCAAAUAAUGACGGCUAAUGUUUGUACUUUGAAUGAAGUUUCGGAAACAGUAGACAAUAUUGGUACCACACAUGUCAUUGGAGAUCAACUGAAGGAAUUAUCCCUUCAGAAUGAAAACAAUGUACAUGGUUUGUACUACGAUGAUAUCCUUGGCUAUAUUGACAGUGAUCUAUUGCUGUCUUUAAUGCCUCUUGCAGAUUUAAGCGGUACCAGUCUGGAGUUCAUUGAUGCUGAAAGUCCAGAACAUAUCGAUGAGGCUGCAUUAGCUCAACAGCAGGACAUAGUACCUCAGAGUUUAUUAGAAAGCUACUUGGGAAUGGCUGAUCCAUCCAGAGCACAGACUGUAGAUACAGAAAUAACCAGACAUUGUGCAUACAAUCUUCCUGCUGUAGCCUACACCUUAGGAAGGAAAAAUUGGAACUGUAUUAAACUGUUGUAUGAAACAUUGGCAUCAGAUAUGCAGUGGAAAGUAAGGAGAACAUUAGCAUUUUCUAUCCAUGAAAUGGCGAUAAUUCUUGGUUCUGAAAUUACACAUCAUGAUUUGGUACCAGUAUUUGAUGGAUUUCUCAAAGAUUUAGAUGAAGUCAGAAUAGGAGUUCUAAGACACUUUUCAGAUUUUCUAAGGCUGCUGACACAAGAAACCAGGAAACAGUAUUUGAGUAAAAUGGAUAGUUUCAUGAGCCUCGACAAUCAUAAAAACUGGAGAUUUAGAUUUGAAUUAGCAGAGCAGUUGAUAUCUAUCACAGAAUUGUUUAGUGCUACAGAAGUUAGUCAAUAUGUUCUGCCUUUAGGCUUAGCUUUAUGUGAAGACAGGGUUUCUGAAGUUCGCAGAAUGGCUUUUAGUUUGAUGAGUGUUAUAAUGAGGAAAUUGUCAACAGAUGAUGAUGAUAAACUUAUGGAAGGAUUACUAAACCAGUUAGUCAAUUUGUUUGCCAAGAGCAAUAAAUGGUUGGGUAGACAAAUAUUCGCUCAGCUGACACAAGCCAUCAUAGAUUAUAAUGCAGUUCCACUCAAUAGACUUGUAACCAUAAUACUCCCUGGACUGUUCGCAUUGAGUACAGAUAGUGUGCCAAAUGUCCGGAUAUCUGUUGCCAAAGCUUUGUCACAGUCAUUGAUGAAUAAAGGUUUCUUUUUUACCGAAAAGAAUCCAUGUUGUGAAGAAUUGAAAAAAGUCAUAGAACAAUUACAAAAUGACCAAGAUCGUGAUGUUCGAUACUUCUCUAGUCCAGUGGCGGAAACCACAUAUGAGGAGGAAGACCUAGAGGAACAAGAACCUCUGUCGGAGGAAGACAAAGUCAAAAAUAAAUAUAUGUCUGUUUAGAAAACAAGGUUACCACUGAGACAUGGGAAGAUUAAUUGAAGUGCUCAGGGACUGGAGUUUGUUAUGCAAUAACCUUUCCAUGAAAGGAGCAAAUCAAGAGUGAUCAAAACUUAUUUGUUAAACAAAAAUACAGAAUCAUGAAAUGUUUUAUAAUGACUAUUUAUUACCAGAGGAUUUUAUUUAUUGAAUUGUUUUAUUUUUAGGGAGAUCUGUUAUGAAAGCUGUGAUUUUAUGAUAUGGUAUUUCUUUUUAUAUGCAGAUUUUUUGUUAUGUGAUAUUUUAUCUGCCAUAAUACUGUGAUGAUCACAGUUUUCCAAUAUAUUGUUAUUUUGAGUAGGAUUUCCAUCCAAUGUGUCAUGUUAAUGCUGAUCAUGUAUUAAUAUUAAAGUAAAUUUGUACUUGCUGUAAACCAACUGAUUUUCAUGAAUAUUUUGAACUUCAACCUUAUAUAUUAAUGCAUCAAUGAAAUAAGAACAUUGAGCAAAUAAAGCCACGAAGUUCAAUAGAAUGAUUGAAGUGAAAUAUACAGUAUCUCGAAGAAAAAAAGUAAGUUGGUUUACAGUAUUAAAAUAAGGGGGAAAUAUUUUUUAAAAUGAGAUGAAUUUUUGUAAGUGCUAAGGAAGGAAUGUAUCUUGCCAAGUUCUGUGAUUAUUAGAUGGUAGACAGUGUAAUAUUAAUAUUAUAAUAGAGAUUAAUUCAAUAUUAUGUAGUUUGGACAUUGUAAAAAUUGUUAACCAAAGUUGGGGAAAAGGGAGAUAAGUUUAAACAAUGUUAAAACAACUUACUGGUUCGGGUAAGGGAGGUGGUUUUAAGUGAAGUUGUUUAAUUCUACAAUUUAUACAUAUACAUAAAGUAAGUUGAGAACGUUUUUGUUCAGUUUUAUUGUUUGUGAUCCAAAGCUAUUAACACUUGUGUGUUGUUUUCUCACAUGUUAAAAUAUGCACUUGUGUACAUGCUUGUGUACGAUGGAUAAAAGAAGAACCAGUUAAUCCAUGGAAAUUUAUGAGAUUUGUGUUUUGUGUAAUAGCUUCCUUUGAUUGGUUUUUAAUUGCCCCUUUGGUAUUUUCUUUCCUUUUUUUAUAAUGGUCAAAAAUGUCUAUUCAAUUACAAUUUUUCUAGAAGAUGUCCAUUUUAAAAUGUUAAUCAUGCUUUUAUAUUUAUAAGAUUUGCAUGGCUCAGUUCAUCCACAACAAUUAUGGUAAUCCAAACAAUUGGUCUGAAUAGAUUUGAGAAUAUUUUAUAACAUUCUUCAUCUUGUUUUAAUUAAUGAAUACAUCAUACAUGUAGCUUAUUUUUAGUACUCGCUCUCAAACUAUUUUCUUCUUGAAUGGAGUAGAUAAGUAUUAAAUACUUGUAAUUAAUUACCUUUUAUUUAUACAUUUCAAUUUUAAGGUGGAUUUUAUUUUAGCAUAACAAAUAUAAAUUAUACUAAAGGAAUAAACCAUUCUAUUACAGUAUGUCUUAGAAUAAGAUGAUUGUGUUAUAUUUAAGAAGUUCAUACAUGACAAAUAAUUUAUUGUUUCUUCUUGGUAAUCUUCAUUUAAUAGUUCCUGUCCAACAUUUUACAUAGAAAGUUGAGUCCAAACUGCAGUUUCCACAUGCUACUGUAUAACAUGAAAUCCUCAAAAACUUGGUGCAAUUUUUUCAUUCUAUUUUUUUAAUAACUUUCAUCAAGUUUUAAGAAAUUUCAGCUUUCGUUCUUGAAUUCAUGUAGUACAAUUCCUUGUUUCAAAGCAAGUUUCGAUUACUUCUAAAAAACAGUCUUUUUACAGCUAAUGAUGUGAAGUUAACUGUCUAGUUCCAAUGUAACUGAAUGGGCAAACAACAUUUUGAAGAUAUUUUUUACUAGGAUGCAUGAAAAGGCAGGGUAGUAAAACUAUUAUUUAAAUUAGGACCAAUUGUUAUGCAGUUUGUAUUUAUAUUGAAACAAAUUAUUUGAAAUAAAAAAAUAAAUGAUAUUAAAUUGAAA